AUGGAAAGUAACAAAAAGCCAACAGAGAAAGAGGAAGCCAGCAACAAAGAAGUGACAUCAAGCAAGCAAACUUUAGAGAAGCUCAAAGAGAAGAGUGACCAAGAGAAGCCUGAAGAGGGAGAGAAGCAGCCACAAAUCUCAAGAAAAGGGAAAGAAGCAAUGGAAGAACCAGCUAAGGAACAAAGGCAGGGAGUGAAGACUUUCACACCUCCCUUGCCAUAUCCCCAAAGGUUCAACAAGGAGACCAAAGUUCAAUACUUCCCCAAAUUCCUUGAAGUCUUCAAGAAAUUGGAGAUUAAUAUUCCACUGGCUGAGGCAUUAGAGCAGAUGCCUCUAUAUGCAAAGUUCUUGAAGGAGCUUAUUAAUAAAAAGAGAAGUUGGCAUGAGAAGGAAACUAUAUUGCUCAAUGAAGAAUGCAGUGCAUUAAUCCAGAAAGGGCUUCCCCCAAAACUUGAGGACCUUAGAAGCUUUUUCCUACCUUGUACCAUUGGCAACAUAAGCAUCAAUCUAAUUCCCUCUUCUCUGAUGAAAAGGCUAUGCAUAGAGGAGGUAAAGCCCAUACAGAUGUCACUAGAGCUAGUGGACAAGUUUGUGGUGUUUCCCAAAGGUGUGAUUGAAAACCUUUUGCUCAAAGUGGAUAAGUUUAUAUUCCAUGCAUACUUUGUGAUUCUAGACCUAGAUGAGGAAUGA